AUGGCACCUCAAUUCCCGAACCAGAAGUGGCCAGGCGGACCCCCGCCUUCCGUCUUUACAGAGUCCCCUGCGCCUUCGCAGAACGCACCUGGCCGGGAUGAUAAGCAAGAGACCGCACGUCUUCAGGAGACUCCACAGGGAAACCCCAAUCAGAAGAUCGAUGCUCAGAACGUCUCCAAGUCGAGCUCGGAGCCACCGCCAUCUUCAUUCGCAGAGCCCUCUGAGCCGUCCCAGGACGCACCGGGGGAACAUGACAAGUCGCAAGUCGCCGGUCCCCAGGAGGAGAAUCCUCAGACGGUCGUUAAAAGAGGGCCAAAGCUGUGA